AUGAGUUGUCUGCUCCAGCUUCUUCUGGUGGUGGUGGCUGGCCUCUACAAUGCUGCUCCUACAGAAGCCUUUGGCUACGUGGCUUACAACGAGAGCUCCAGGUGUGUUGCUUACAAAGCCCUGCCUGCCUGCUUUGGGCCACAGCUCCCAGCAGAAGGGAUGUCAGGGUAUUUGAUGAGAGUGACCCCACCAAACGCUUGCCGUGACCUUGAGAACCCGCCAGCACCACGGGCUGCCUCUGAGAGGUAUAUUGCACUCAUCCAAGGGCAUGACUGCUCUUUUGUUGAGAAGGUCCUUCACGCCCAGCAGGCUGGCUACCAAACUGCUGUGGUGUACAAUGAGAAUUCAGAGCAGCUGACUACCAUGAUGGCUGAUGACGAAGAAGUCCAGCAGCUGAUUAAGAUACCAUCACUCUUUACCGGACAAUCAGUCUCCCUCCACCUGCAGAGGACUUUGCAAUGCAACAAAAAGGCCCACAUCAGACUCCUGCCACCCAAACACAACUUGAGGCCUUGUCAAGACAAUGCUAAAGUGCUGCAGAAAGCUUGUGUCAUACAGGAUUUCAGGCACAUAGUCUACAUCGUUACGGCCACCGUCUCAGUUGCACUUGGCUUACGCUGGUACAAGAGGGUGUGCAAGAUAAAGCUCCACACGUACAAGCAGGGAGACAAAUAUGAGAGCUGUGCCAUCUGCAUGGCAGAGUACAAGGAAGGGGACUGCCUGAAGAUCCUGUCCUGCUCCCAUGCUUACCACAGCUCCUGCAUUGACACCUGGUUCCACACCAGGCCCAGGAACAAGACUUGUCCCUUCUGCAAGCAGGCAGUGAACGCCUGUGGGCAAGGUGACCUCCUGCCAGAGCAGGCAGGUGAAGAUGGGAAUGAAGAACAGGAUGAGGAACGCAAUGCAUUGAGCGGAGGGCAUGAAGAGGAAUAUGCUGAAGAGGAGGAGUAUGUUGAAGAGGAGGAAGGUGAUGCAAAUGCAGCGGAAGAAAGGUGGUUGAUCAGGGAGGGGAUGCUGAAGAACUGCAUCAUUUGA